AUGUUCACAGCGAUCACCAUCCUCCAUCCCUCCAUCCUCAUCCUGACCAAAUUCAAACGCUGGUCGGUGAGCCACAUGUCCACCCGACCCAAGACCGUCCGAAAGACAGCAUCGGACAGAGACGACAUCAACUUCCUCAUUGCAUGGCUCGCCGAGCGCAAUAUAUCCAUUCAGUUUGAGCUUUAUCAGGGAAAAACUAAGGUUGAGCUGCUGCGUAUGGUUCGGCAAUUUCAUGGCAAAUAUGAGGAGAGGGCUGACCUGAUGGAGAAACUGAAGAGUAUCAUGGAGAGUGAAUGGGAGGAGAUGUUGUCCCUGUUGUACCGGCCGGAAGAAUCCACACUUCCUCCGAUAGAUUAG